ACAAUCUGAGUCCUGGAAAAGUCCUGGAAAAGUCCUGGAAAUUUGUUUUUGAAAAAGGGUACAAACCCUGUGGUGCGUACUUGGAUGAAUUUUCAGACUUCCAUUAACCAUGUUUCUACUUCUAGAAUUGAAGAAUCAUCAUAUUAUUGUUGUAUAUAUUUCUCUUUUUAGUGUAAAGAAAUUUUAAUUUCAUUAUACUUUCUUGACUUGCAACCACCAUAUAAAAAUUGAUAUAAAGUGUAAUACCCAGGGACAUAAUGAAAACUGGUAGCUGACAGAUUACUAGGCACCUUUUUCACUUCAAAAUCUCUGAAGUUUGCAAACUAAAUAAAUUAACCAUGACCUUAGUUGAAUUUAUUCAAAUUAUUGGAUCAAAAUUAACUGUAAAUUAUGGAGCAUUUAGAAAUGGGGCACUUUUUGUAUUAUAAAAAUGCCUUUAACUAAGGGUAUCUUACUUUUCUAAGGGUGCAAAAUCAGAUCACUGGAGUCACUUCAUUUCAGUGUGUUCUCAAUUAAUGGGGGAAUGGGAAAGAGCCAGGGUGCAGGAUACCUCCUUUUUGCCCUUUUUGCAUUCAUGCUCAUGGGAAUAAACACUUGUCAGACUCAGCAGAGACAAAAGGUGGACUGCAAGUUUUCUAACUACAGUUGAAAAUGUUUGUUAUGUUUUUCUGAUAGCUUCUGAGGACCUCUGUUUUAAUUUGCAAGUGGAAAUUUCUCAGACUGGGGAGACAGCAUAAUUUGACGAAUAUUGUUGGGGAGAAAACUCUGAUCUUGAUAACUUUUAGGCAUCAUUGGUAACCCACCAGAAUGCUAAGAGGUUUGCAAAAAAGAAAAGUCGUGUUGUUUGUCCAGUGGUAAAUCUCCAGGCCAAUCAGAAUCAUCAUGAACCAUCAGAACUUUUUUACUGCAGCAAAUUUUUAGUCAUCGUGGUACAUCGUAAACAAAUCAAUGUAAGGGAUUUUUUAAUCCUCCGACUUUCUUUAGUGCAGUUUUUUUCUUAGUAAUUUACCAAUAUAUACUGUCCCUCCCUCCCCGUGUCAAUAAACGCACCUAACAAAAUGAUCUGGUCAGCGGUUCUUCGAAGUUGUCCCAGUCCUCUAAGUGUAGUUUCGAAAAUCCAGCCCGAGUAUGCUGGAGUUGGUUAUUCUUGCCUUGUUUGCUGGCUUUCUUGGCAUUUUUACCUACGACUUUUUCACGAGGAAGAAAACUGAAGUCAAUGGGGCUCACGUGGUGGUCACUGGAGGAUCAAGUGGUAUUGGAAAAGCAGUGGCAAUGAAACUCGCAAAAUGCGGGGCCAACGUAACGAUUCUGGCGCGGAAUAUGGUUAGACUGGAAGAAACAUUAAAAGAAGUUAAGAAACAUUUAGCCCCAGAGAGAAAGGUCCUAGCUUUAUCUGUGGAUCUUUCUGGUGAAGCACAAGAUGUAGAAAAUACAUUAGACCAGGCUUGUGAAACCAUGGGUCCAAUAGACAUUCUUAUAAACUGUGCUGGUUUUGCAGUUUGUGGCUUGUUUGAAGAAACUCCAGUGGAGGACUUUAAGGCCAUGAUAAACACAAACUACUUGGCCAGCGUUUUUACAAGUCAUGCUGUUGUAGAGAAGAUGAAACAGAGAAGAAAAGGACAUAUUGUGUUUGUCUCGUCAAUAGGUGGGCAGUUUGGAUUAUUUGGAUUCACUGCAUAUUCUCCUUCAAAGUUUGCUGUAAGAGGCUUUGCAGAAACUCUUUUUAUGGAGGUAAAGCCAUACAAUGUUGCUGUCUCUGUGGUUUUUCCACCAGACACAGACACACCAGGAUUUGAAAAUGAGAAUAAGAACAAGCCUGAGGAAACUCAUCUUAUUAGCAGUGCAGGCGGCCUCUUUACUCCUGAACAAGUUGCAGCCAACAUUGUUAUGGGAAUCAAGGAGAGGAAGUUCUUGAUAUCUUGUGGAUUUGACGGAUUCGUUGUGAGCCUUUUAACGUCUGGUGUUGCUCCAGUCUCUUCCUUAUUUGAACUUUUCACGCAAGUCAUUUUGAUGGGGCCUUUAAGACUCGUGCUCGCAUUGCACUUGUAUUAUUAUGAUCGCAUUGUAAUGAAAGGGAUGCUAAAGAGAGAAGCAAGCAAGAAGACCAACUAACAGCCUCACUUACACCAUGGACAACGUCAACGCAUGCGUAAAAUGCUGAUAACACACCUACGUAAUGUUUUACUUUGAGAAAUUUUUCUAACGAGCAUUUGAACCGAAUUUUUUUAAUAUAUAGAUAUGCAAAAUGUUGCGAGUUCUUUGAGAGACUCCACAUUACAAUGGCGCCACUCCGUUAUAAAUCGUGUGGCUAAUCGUUGCUCUAAACGUGCUGGCAUGGUGUUAGUCCUGACCACACUUCGAUCCACGCACUUUACUCUUAUUGAAGCUUCCCUACAAUGGACGUGUCCAUACAACAGCCAGUGAAUUCUGAUCUGGGAUGGUAUUGAAGAGACGUUUAACUCUCUAAUCAGUUGCGGGAGGAACUGUCCUGCCAUCUCCAGCCAUCUCCAGCCCGGCUGGGAGGAGGGUACUCCCUUAUAUGGGCAAUAUAAGUAUGUGCGGCCCCAAAGGGUAGGGUUUUUCGGCCGUCUUGGUCAUAAAUAAAGUAUCGAUUUUAGCCAUCUUGGUCUUAAAUAGCGUAUGGUUUUAGCACGCUUUAGUCUUGAAUUGGGUAUGUUUCUUGGAAGAAGCUACUUUGUCAUCAUUAUCAAUAAGACCGCCAACA